CUUACCAAGCUCUUAGAGCUAACACCAUAUUUCAUUUUGCCAUUGUUCAUGAAACAACAUACAAGAAACAUUUGUAAAAUAUUUUAUAAAUACUGCCUUUGAUUCCUAAGCCUAAUAGAAAUGAGUAAAAAUACAGUGUUUUUGAUUUUGCUAGUGUGUGGUAUGGCGUAUUGUGAUAGUUAUAUUGGACAGAACGAUUUAGAAGCAAGAGGGAAGAAGAAAAAGAAGAAGAUCGCUUUAUUUGUUUUCAUCGCCGAUUUGGUGCUGAAGAAGUUCUUCAUCCUGAAGCUGGUAUACGCGUUCAUCUUCUGGGUGGUUCUGCAUAAGGCCGGCUACUUCUUGGCCUGGUUUGCCAGCUACCUGAAAGAGAAGAAGCACCAUGAGCACCAUGACCACCAUGAAUACCACGGCCAUGACCACCAUGAAUACCACGGCCAUGACCACCAAUACGACUAUCAGCCGGCUUAUGGCGCGUACGGGCCUUAUAGGAGGAAAAACCAUUGA